UGUUUUAUUGUUUGUUUCCACAGACAGCUCCCUGGAAGAGAAUGACUCUGAGAAACAGCUCCUCAGUGACUGAGUUUAUCCUAGUGGGAUUAUCAGAACAACCAGAGCUCCAGCUUCCCCUCUUCGUCCUGUUCUUAGGGAUCUAUGUGUUUACUGUGGUGGGCAACUUGGGCUUGAUUACCUUAAUUGGGCUAAAUUCUAGCCUUCACACUCCCAUGUACUUUUUUCUCUUCAACUUGUCUUUUAUAGAUCUCUGUUAUUCCUGUGUAUUUACCCCCAAAAUGCUGAAUGAUUUUCUGUCAGAAAAUGUCAUCUCUUACAUGGGAUGCACGACUCAACUUUUUUUCUUCUGUUUCUUUGUCAAUUCUGAGUGCUAUGUGUUGGUAUCAAUGGCCUAUGAUCGCUAUGUGGCUAUCUGCAAGCCUCUGCUGUACACGGUCACCAUGUCCCCUCAGGUCUGUUCUCUGCUCAUGUUUGGUUCAUAUGUGAUAGGGUUUGCUGGAGCCAUGGCCCACACUGGGAGCAUAUGGAGACUGACUUUCUGUGAUUCCAACAUCAUCCACCAUUAUCUGUGUGAAGUUCUUCCUCUCCUGCAGCUCUCCUGCACCAGCACCCAUGUCAACGAGCUAGUGUUUUUUAUUGUUGUGGGAGUGGUCAUCACAAUAUCCAGCAUUAGCGUCUUCAUUUCUUAUGCCUUGAUUCUCUCUAAUAUCCUCCAUAUUCCUUCUGCUGAGGGUAGAUCCAAAGCCAUCAGCACAUGUGGCUCCCACAUAAUUGCUGUUGCUUUGUUUUUUGGGUCAGGGGCAUUCACCUAUUUAACAAGCUCUUUUCCUGCAUCUAUGGACCAGAGUAAAUUUGCCUCAGUCUUUUACACCAAUGUGGUUCCCAUGCUUAAUCCUUUGAUCUACAGUUUGAGGAAUAAGGAUGUGAAACUUGCGCUGGGUAAAACCCUGAGAACAGUGCUCUCCUGAUGGUUCUGUUUGUAUAAAUUAAUUACUGGUAAGCAUCAUACUUAAGUAACUUUUUAUUUACAGGUGCAGAACUUUUCAUCUUUUUUCUCAACUAGGUCUUCUUUCCAGUUAACCACAAGUCUCUUGCUUAUACACUUCUUGAAGAUUAUGCUAUUUUGUAAGAUUUAAAUUGGUUCAUUGCAUGCAAUUUAGCAUCUAUUAAGUGUCUACUGUUUACUAGACUCUAUACGGGGCCCAAGAGAUAGAUGAAUAAGAUGUGGCCCCAUGCCUUCCAUUCUUUUCUUGGUAGGCUAAAUGGAUUUUCCAAACAACAUUUCUGGCUGGGGGAUGGAGCAGGUGAUGGUAUGAAGGUCCAGGACAGUGAACUUAUGUUUUCUUCAGGUAUGGGAGCAGCUUUACCAAAGACCAAUGUAGAUACCUUGGAGCCAUAAGUCAGAUAGUCUCCCAGCUCAUUGAGAAGUUG